AUGAACAACAUGCUACUCAAAUCUCCAUCUCUAACCCUACAUCAUCACUCCACCAUUCCUAUUCAAAGACCCUUUUACCCUUCCACCAUUCUUCCACUACCAUCAAAACUCACAAAUCCCUUCCAUGCUUCAAACAUCUCUUUACCUAUGAAAUGUUCCAACUCUUCCAUGAAUUCCACCAACAUGCAACCACCCAAAACCAUUGAAUUUGAACCCGACCCAUCACUCACAAACGAAGAUCUAAAACCAACAACACCAACCCAAAGAAUAUUUUCAGGACUCGAAAUAGCUUCCCUUUGGGUAGGACUAGUUGUUGGUGUCCCAUCUUAUUACCUAGCUGGUUCCUUAGUCGAUCUAGGCAUGUCAUGGUGGCAAGGUAUCUCCACAGUUGUUCUUGCCAACAUCAUCCUUUUGUUCCCUCUCAUCUUAACUGGCCAUGCAGGUACGAAAUAUGGCAUAUCAUUCCCAGUUCUAGCUAGAUCCUCCUUCGGUAUCCAUGGUGCUCACAUUCCAACUCUUCUUAGAGCUUUAAUCGGUUGCGGUUGGUAUGGAAUCGAAUCAUGGAUUGGUGGUGAAGCAAUCUUCAUUCUACUACCAAACUCCUUAAAAAAAAUCACUUUUUUAUCAAAUAAUCUACCUUGGCUUGGUACUUCACCUCUUGAAUUUUCUUGCUUUAUGGUCUUUUGGGUGGCCCAAUUGGCUAUAGUUUGGAGGGGUGUUGAUGGAAUUAGACAGCUUGAGAAAUUUUCAGCUCCAAUUCUCAUUUUUCUCACUUCAUGUCUUUUAGUUUGGUCUUAUGUUAAAGCUGGUGGAUUUAAUCACUUAUUUUCUUUAUCUUCUAGACUCACAAAUUCAGAGUUUUUCUCAAUUUUUUUUCCUUCACUUACUGCUAAUAUAAGUUUCUGGGCUACUGUGGCACUUAACAUACCUGAUUUUACUAGAUAUGCAAAAUCUCAAAAAGAUCAAGUUAUUGGUCAAAUUGGGCUACCAAUUUUCAUGGGCUUGUUCACAUUUGUUGGUGUAGUGGUUACUUCAUCAACAAAAGUGAUUUUUGGAGAAGUGAUUUCAAGUCCAAUUCAGCUUCUUGGUAGAAUUGGUGGCUUUUCAACUAGUGUACUUGCAAUAGUUGGUAUAAGUCUUGCAACAAUCACAACCAACAUUGCUGCUAAUGUUGUUGCACCAGCAAAUGCUCUUGUUAAUCUCAACCCUUCAUGGUUCACUUUUAGAAAAGGUGCUUUUUUAACUGCAAUGCUUGGAAUUGCUUUUCAGCCUUGGAGACUUUUGAAGUCAAGUGAGAGUUUUGUUUAUACUUGGUUGGUUGGUUAUUCUGCCUUGAUGGGUCCUAUUGGAGGGAUUGUUUUGGUUGAUUAUUAUGUUGUGAAGAAAAUGAAGUUGAGGAUAAGUGAUUUAUACACAAGAAGUGCUUUUGGGAAGUACUAUUAUUAUAAGGGGUUUAAUGUGGAUGCAAUUGUGGCCUUAGUUGUUGGAAUUUUACCUGUUGUUCCUGGCUUUUUGCAGAAAGUUGGAGUUGUGAGUUCAAUUCAUGAUGGUUUUGUUGUGGUUUAUAACAAUGCUUGGUUUAUUAGUUUCUUUUUAGGAGGGUUUUUGUAUUGGGUUUUGUUGAGUUUGAGAAGAAAACUAGGUGAAUCUGAUGCUAUAGAAAGUUGUUUAUAG